UCAGCGGAAUGAGCACCGAUAGGGUGGGGCUAAAAAAAAUCACAAUUUUACGCAUGCAAAUGAGUCUAACGCGCAAAGAGGAUAUUUGCUUGAAGUGCAAAAGGAAAUUCAAAUAAGUUGUUAUAACUUCAACGAUAAAUCGUGUUCAUUAUGCAACGAAUCGCAUUGUAAUCACGAACAAAUCGAUGUUGGACAGUAUUGUUAUCAGUGCGAUUCGAAAGUACAUUUGUAUUGUAGGGAAAAUGUGGAUCAACACAUGGAGAAAAAAGUUUGAAUCUUAAAAUGGUUUGGAAAACGAAAACAAUACGACGUCAACGACGGAUAAAUUUUGUUACGAAUGUGAUUCUAAAACAAAUCCAAAGUGCGUCAAUAAGACAGACGAAACAAUGCUUGUGAAUUGUGAAUAUUCGGAGAACGAAGGAUGUUAUCAUUUUAACAAUUCAACCGACUCAUCCGUGGUACGAGGAUGCAUAGCGAAAUUGGAGGACACAUCACUUUGUAAAUCAAACGGGGAAAAUUGCAAAGUCUGUAUGGAAAAUCGGUGCAAUUUGAGAGAGAAUUUUGUACGUUGCAACACAAAUAGCCAAAUAGUUGGUGAGACGAUUAUUGGAAGCGAUGCAAAAACCUGUGAGGAGUACAACGAUAAAUGCUUUUUGCACAUCACCGAAGAUUCUGUAACACGAGGCUGCUUGCUUGAGUACGUGAAAGCAAAUAAUUUAACUGAUACUUCAUAUGAAAAUCAAUUUGAUCCAGCAUUAUUUCGAACGUGCUCGACAACGAUGUGCAACGGUAACGUAAUCGAAACUGAAUCGUGUAUAUCGUGCGAUAGUGAAGAUCCAAGCUGCAGAAGCAACGCCUCAUCGAAAAUGAGCAAAAAGUGUAAAUUAUCACCUGAAUUGAUGGGUUGUUAUCACUAUGAACAAAAUGAUGAGAUCAAACGUGGAUGCAUUUCGGAAAUCGAAGACGACCAUUUCCGUAAAUCGUGUGAAUCGAAUAGCGAUCAGUGCAAAAAGUGCAUUGGAAACGAAUGCAACUCACGACAAACAGGAUUCCAGAGAUGUGUAAUAACAAGUGACGACUUUACUCGGCAGAAGACAAACUCAUUGAUGUUUGAUUCGAAAAUAUGUUCGGAUUAUAUGGAUGAAUGCUAUACACACGUUGCGGAUAAUUCAGUUCAAAGGGGAUGUCUGAGUGAUGGGGCUGAACUCUCUAUUGAUGGUGUUGAUAUUCUGUCCGACUGUAAAGAUCCAGAUAUUUGUGAAAAGUGCUCUGGAGCGGCGAAUUGUAACAAUAAGGAAAUUUUAAACGAAUUUUGCACUGUUUGUAACUCAGAGUCCCACCCAUUUUGCAAAGAAGCUCCAAAUCAUUUGAUGCGAGCACGAUGUCCAUUAUCAAUCAGGCCAUUUGGAUGUUAUAUGUAUAAAAAUGGAAUAGAUUUUGUUGGACGCGAUUGUAUGUCCACCGAUUCACAGCUACGAAAAUGGUGUAAGACCGAGAGUGACUCAUGUAAAUAUUGUUUUGGAGACGAAUGCAAUAAAAAGAGAUACUUCGAACAGUGCCACUAUUGUAAUUCAAACCAAGACGGAGUGAAUUGUAAGACGAAACCAUGGGCAAUCCCUCUAAAGACAUGCAAACAUUAUAUGGAUGAAUGCUAUACUCAUGUAAACGACGAUGGUGUUGUUACACGAGGUUGUUUUAGUGAGUUUGAAUCAGAUAACGACAAUUGCACAGACAAAGAUACUUGUUUGCGAUGUACCGGAGAAAAUGCUUGUAAUGAUACUCCUAUCAAAACAGAGUCGUGUAUCUCAUGCGAUUCAAGUAAAAAUCCCAACUGUAGAUGGAAUGUAACGCUGGAAAAUGCGAAAGUUUGUCCUCAGAAAACGAUUCGUCCCCUGGGAUGUUUCCAUUUUAUUAACGAAUCUGAUGAAUAUACAAAGCGGGGCUGUGUUUCAAGCUUAAACACAAAUGAUCGAAGCUUUGCGUCAAAGCAGCCAAAUCAAUGGAAAUAUUGCCAUGGACGCGACAACUGUAAUUCAAGGUCAACAUUUACGAAAUGCUUCUCUUGCAAUUCUACUGUCGACUCUGAUUGCAUUUCGAAUCCAACUCUAUCCGGGUCUUCGGUUAAAUUAUGCAACGAUUAUGAUGACUCGUGUUUCUCUCAUAUCGGAUCGCAGACUCUUGUCAGAGGUUGUUUAAAUGAUCUGGGCUGGAAAUCAAUCGCAAAGUGCCGUGCCUUUCCAGAGAAGUGUGACAUUUGCAAAGGCGAAAAUGGUGAAAUUUGUAACGAUAAGCGAUUCAGUGAGGCUAAAUGUAUUUCAUGCGAUUCAUGGAAAGACAAACGAUGUCGUAAUAAACCCGAAUUUUCAGGCCAAAAACUCUGUAGUUUGGCUAAUUCACCUGAUGAAGAUUUGGGUUGCUAUAUGAUUCGCGAUAGCAAUUAUAGAGUUAGAAGAGGCUGUGCAUCCGAUCUCAGCAUUCACCAUCGGGAAAUGUGUUGGAAUAAAUCAGACCAGUGCAGAAUCUGUAAUGGAAACAAUUGCAACAAAAAAGUCGAAUUUCAACAUUGUUUCGUGUGCACAAGCAAAGAUGAUCCGAACUGUGUUCAUAGUCAUCCGUCCGAUGCAUCGACAAUUUGUCCAAACUAUAUGGAUCAAUGUCUGACUGCUAUCGAUUCAGAAGGUUUCACGGUACGCAAAUGCUUUUCCAAUGGAACGGAUGAGGUGGCAAUACUUAAACAAUUCUCUAUGCACGAGCUGUGCGAAGAAAAUAAUUGCAAUGGAGUUUUGUACCCCGAAGAACGUAGACAGUGUUUCCAAUGUAAUGGAGAUUCAGCUUGUGAUAGUCUAAGAACAAGUGUAAAUAAAUCCUUAGAAGAAUUACCCUGCAGAUUGUACUCAAAAUACGAUGGGUGCUUCACGUUUAUGGACGAGGAUCAAAAUAUGCACCGCGGAUGCAUGACUGAUUCCAAAGAUUCGAGAUUGCUAUGUGAAAAAAACCAGGAGCGAUGUGCAAUUUGUGGAGAAAACGGAUGCAAUGAUCGGCCGCUGUUCGUCGAGCCGGAGUUAUCGUGCUUCAAAUGUAGAGAUUCAAUUGACUGCGCAUAUGGACAGAUUGGACAGGAAAAACUCGUGGAAUGCACAAUGCCUGUUAGAUUUGGAACGGAGGAAUCUUGUUAUAUACGAUCGCAUAUUGAUGGUACAAUCGAAAGAGGCUGCACUCUUGACAUAACUGAUGCUGACCCAAAUUGGUGCGACGAAUUGGAAGACUGUGAUGAAUGCACUGAUGGUGGGUGCAAUAGUGAAAAUGUUUACUUCGGCUACUGCUUGCAAUGCGAUAGUUUGAAUGAUGAAAACUGCGCCAAUCCUAUAUUUGGUUUCCAUGAGUUUUUCUUGAAAUGUACGCCCAUACGAUAUGACGAAUUCGAAGAAAACGAUAGUUACAACCAAAAUAAUACUGCCACCCAAACCUAUACUUACGAUCCAUAUCCCUUCAGCAAACGAGGUUGCUACGCGUUGAUACAAGAUGGUGUGAUAGAAAGAGGUUGUAUAAGUGACAUGACCGAUCAUGAACACAACGGAUGUAAAGGGGCAACAUGGUGUAACAUUUGCGAAACAGAUUACUGCAAUGAUAUGCCAUUCAAGAGCUCUGCUUCCAUUCAAUUUGCGUCAUACAGUUUAUUCGUUGCCUUGUUCAAUUUAACAAUAUUUUAUUCAUAGUACUAAACAAUAGAACAAUUGUAUACUCUAUAUGUUACCUAUUGGCUAGAUUCAAUAUGGAUUGCCAGUUUGAACGUAGAAAGUGUUGAGAUUGAAAAUUCUCACUACAUUCAUUCUUAUGUGUGUUACGGAGAUUGAAUCUAGCGAGUGCCUUUUGAUUACAAAUACAAAUAAGGACUAAUCUUCAUAUCAAGUAGAAGAUCAAUGUCAGGUAUUCAAUUGUACAAAUAUCUUGAUAAAUGUAUAUAUACAUAGCAUGCUAUUAUCGAAAACAAUGUGGUAAUUUUCCAGUACGAUACAAAGCUCAAGUAGUAGUAUCCGGUUGUGAUUUAGAUGUCUAAUGGUAAGAUAAGUAUUAAUGUUGGUCAAAUGGACUACAAAAACCUCAAUUACAGACGAAUUUGAGAACUAUCAUUGUCACAUUUCUUAAAAAUAUAAUGUGUUGUUCACCGAAAACCAACGCAUGAUCGAUUACAUCAAUUGAACACACUUUUUUAUCAAUUUUUUUUCUUCAAGUCAAUGCGUCAAUAUAUAUACGUGCUCGUCUCACAGACCCUUCUCAAUUAACUUGUUAAAUUAAAAAUUUUCAUCAUUUGCCAGCCAGCAGUCGUGAUAUUAACUUUGGCAAUAGACUCCCCACGAAAAACAUUGGAUGAAUUUCAAUAAAACGUAGUUUAAUAAAAGUUCUCUAAAAUGAAAA